UCAAACGUCUACCUAGUAAUACGCAUUCUUAGUACUAAGUCAUAGUUUUAUACUCUCUUAAUUAUUUUUGGUAAAAUAAAAAAUGUCCUCCUUAAUUCAUUGACAUCUUAUUUAUUACCAAAUCCAGUGUAUUCAGUAAUAAUGUUCCUCUCUUUCUUUCUUUGAUCCUCAUUUUUCUCCAUUUUCAUUUUCUUGCACUACUCUAACAAAAAGCUCAAGUUUUAUGACAUAAUAUUUCACCACUAAAAUUUGUCUUUUUUUAUUUUUUUCAAAUCAAAGAUCAAUGUCACUUGGUGUAGUUUUGGUGUUGGCUCUUCUACUUCUCAUUUUUCCAGUUUAUGGCUAUGAUCCACUGGACCCGACGGGGAAUAUUACUAUCAAAUGGGACGUCAUACAAAGUGACCCUGAUCAUAAAAUUAGAGUCUCAAUCUUCAACUAUCAACUUUUUCGCCACGUAGAGCAACCUGGUUGGAAGUUAAGAUGGAGCUGGCAUGGUAAGGAAGUAAUAUGGGAUAUGCGGGGUGCUGAAACUACAGAGCAAGGCGAUUGUUCUGCAGUUAGAGGAAGCCCCCAUUGUUGUGAGAAGGAGCCUGUGAUUGUUGACCUCCUUCCCGGAGUUCCGUAUAAUAUGCAAACUGCAAAUUGCUGCAAGGGUGGAGUGCUGACAUCCAUGACUCAGGACCCCGGAAAAUAUGGUGCUUCUUUUGAGAUGGGCAUUGGGAGUGCUUCCGAUGAUGGAUCCGGUCCUCGUAUACCUGAAAACUUCACACUUGGGAUUCCUGGAUAUACAUGUGGUCAGCCCUUUCCAGUCCCUCCAAGCAAGUUCAGUGUUGAUAAAGGACGUCGAAAGACUCAAGCAGUUGCUACGUGGGACGUGAUUUGUACCUACUCCCAGUAUAGAGCAUCAUCUUCUCCAACAUGUUGUGUUUCCUUGUCUGCUUUCUACAGCAAAACAAUUGUACCAUGCUCCAUAUGCAGUUGUGGUUGUCAGGGACAGCUUGCUGCAAAUCAAUGUGUGAAGCGUGGUGAGGUGCCACCAGUUUUACAACUAGACAAUAACGAACCACCAAAGCCAGUACUGGAGUGUACACAACACAUGUGCCCAAUUCAGGUGCAUUGGCAUGUAAAGCAGAGUUACACACAAUAUUGGAGGGUGAAGAUGACAAUUAGAAACUUCAACUAUGUCA